GCGCGCGCGCUCGCUGUCCCCGCCACCCACCAGCUCCGGCACCCGCAGCCGCGACGCCGCCACCGCCCACCUUCUGCCGCCGCCGCCACAUCCACCCUUUCCUCCACUGUCCUCUUCUGUCCUCGCCUUCUGUCGACCAUCAGGGAGGUGGAGCAGCUCCCAAGAUGGAACGCAGCGUGGGAAAGCAGCCCACCUCCCGCUGGCCGGCCCACACCGGGAGCCCUGCGACCCCGCCAGGAGAUCCCGGGAUGGACGGGUGGAAAAGGUGAGCCUCGCACCAAGAUGGCUGAGCCGCGCCAGGAGUUUGACACCGCGGAAGACCACGCUGAGGGCUACGCCCUGCUCCAGGACCAAGAGGGGGACGCAGAGCACGGCCUGAAAGCGUCUCCCCUGCAGACCCCCGCCGAUGACGGAUCCGAGGAACCCGGCUCUGAGACCUCGGAUGCUAAGAGCACCCCAACGGCCGAAGACGUGACCGCACCCUUAGUGGAUGAGAGAGCCCCCGGCGAGCAGGCGGCCGCCCAGCCCCCCACGGACAUCCCAGAAGGAACCACAGCCGAAGAAGCGGGCAUUGGGGACACCCCAAACAUGGAAGACCAAGCCGCUGGACAUGUGACUCAAGAGAAGGUGAGCGCUCCAGGCCUGCAGAGGGCGGCACCCGAGAGGCCCCCGGCCGAGGUCUCAGUGGCAUCUCCGGGUGAAAAGCAGCCAGAAGCUCCCGUCCACGCGAGUGCACACCUUCCUCAGCAGCAGCCCACCUGCCCGGUGCCACCUCCACCAGGAGGCCCUGGAGAAGCCCCCGUGCAGUGGGGUCAAGAGCACGGGGGCCCCGCCCAGGAGGGUGUGGCAGUGGCAAAGCCUUCCUCCCCUGCGCAUCUCCACGCGGAGCCCGAGGGGGCCGAGGUUGUCCAGGAGAGCUGGCGCAGGGAGAUGGAGCCCGGGCACCGUGAGGGCGAGGCCUCAAGCGCAGGGGCCCCAGGGCUGAGCCCCCAGCACGUCCCCCCCAGGCCCAGGACCCCCAUCCCACCUGAAGGCCCCAGAGAGGCCACACACCAGCCCUCGGGAACAGGACCUGAGGACCUAGAGGGAAGCCAAGACCGUGGGCCGCUGGAGCGCCAGUUAUGGAGAGACCAGGACCAGGAGGGGCUGCCUCCAAAGGGAGGCCAUGACAAAGAGAGGCUGGGAGGCCGGGAGGAGGUGGAUGAAGACCGAGAUGUCGACGAGUCGUCUCCCCGAGACUCCCCUCCUUCCCAGACCUCUCCAGGAGGGCCGUCCCCUCCGGAGGUCUCCAGAGAAGCCGCUGGUAUCUGUGGCUUCCCGGCUGAGGGUGCCAUCCCGCCCCCUGUCGAUUUCCUCUCCCAAGUUCCUGCAGAGAUCCCGGCCUUGCAGCCCACUGGGCCCAGCACAGGGCCCCCGGUGGAAGGGCCCGAGGCUGCCCCCGAGUUCAUGUUCCACGUGGAAAUCAAAUCCAAUGUGCAGAAGGAGCAGGCCGGGUCAGAGCUGGAUCUGGAAAGGGCCUCACAUCUGGGGGCCCCUGGAGAGGAGCUGGAGGCCCAGGGCGACUCUGUGGGAGAGGCCACAAAAGAGGCUGGCCUCCCGGAGCCACCUGAGAAGCGGCCUGCAGCUGGUUUGCCAGGGAGGCCCGUCAGCCGGGUCCCCCAACUCAAAGCCCGCAUGGUCAGUAAAGGCAAAGAGGGGACUGGAAGCGAGGACAGAAAAGCAAAGGGGGCUGAUAGUAAAACUGGAACAAAGAUCGCCACACCCCGGGGAACAGCCCCUCCAGGCCAGAAAGGCACGGCCAACGCCACCAGGAUUCCAGCCAAAACCACACCCAGCCCAAAGACACCGCCGGGCACUGGUGAACCAGCAAAAUCUGGGGAUCGCAGUGGCUACAGCAGCCCCGGCUCUCCAGGCACCCCCGGCAGCCGUUCCCGCACCCCGUCCCUGCCAACGCCACCCACCCGAGAGCCCAAGAAGGUGGCAGUGGUCCGCACUCCACCCAAGUCACCAUCUUCCACCAAGAGCCGCCUGCAGACUGCGCCCGUGCCCAUGCCAGACCUGAAGAACGUCAGGUCCAAGAUCGGCUCCACCGAGAACCUGAAGCACCAGCCAGGAGGGGGCAAGGUGCAGAUAAUUAAUAAGAAGCUGGAUCUUAGCAACGUCCAGUCCAAGUGUGGCUCAAAGGAUAAUAUCAAACACGUCCCGGGCGGCGGCAGUGUGCAAAUAGUCUACAAACCAGUGGACCUAAGCAAGGUGACCUCCAAGUGCGGCUCCUUAGGCAACAUCCAUCAUAAACCAGGAGGUGGCCAGGUGGAAGUAAAAUCUGAGAAACUGGACUUCAAGGAUAGAGUCCAGUCGAAGAUUGGGUCUCUGGAUAAUAUCACCCAUGUCCCUGGAGGAGGAAAUAAGAAGAUCGAAACCCACAAGCUGACCUUCCGAGAGAAUGCCAAAGCCAAGACGGACCACGGGGCAGAAAUCGUGUACAAGUCACCAGUGGUGUCCGGGGACACGUCUCCCAGGCACCUCAGCAACGUCUCCUCCACCGGUAGCAUCAACAUGGUGGACUCGCCCCAGCUCGCCACGCUAGCCGACGAAGUGUCUGCCUCCCUGGCCAAGCAGGGUUUGUGAUCAGGCCCCCGGGGCAGUCAAUAAUCGUGGAGAGAAGAGAGAGUGAGAGAGUGUGGAAAAAAAAAAGAAUAAUGAUCUGGCCCCUCGCCCUCUGCCCUCCCCCGCUGCUCCUCACAGACGGGUCAACCGGGUCGUCACCUAACCUGCUUUUGUGGCUCGGCUUUGGCUCGGGACUUCAAAAUCAGUGAUGGGAAUAAGAGCAAAUUUCAUCUUUCCAAAUUGAUUGGUGGGCUAACAAUAAAAUAUUUUUCAAAAAACAAAACACACACAAACAUGUAAAAACAUGGCCACACCAACAUUUCCGUGGGCAAUUCCUUUCGAUUCUUUUUUUUUCCCCUCUGAGUAGAAGAGGGCGAAGGAGAGGCUCUGAGAGCUGCUUCCGGGCAAUUUAAGGGACUAGGGUGCCCGCCACCUCGAACCCCAUCUGAGGGUGUCACAGGGACAGCGGCAGCAACGAAGGAUGGGAAACCUGGUGAGCUGCAGCCCCAGGCCGAGGAUGUCAACCUAGGGUGCCCUGUGGGGCAGAGUGGGGCGAGGGGCCAGGUGGGGCGGCCUGCGCUACUUCUUGGCCCGGGGUCUGCUGCCCCCUCUGGAAGGUGGCCUGUGGGAGAAGAGGCACUGAACAGAAGGAAGGUGGGCGGGAGGGUGGCACCCUGUGGAUUACUUCCUUGGAGAAGGCUGACCCUGCCAUCCCAGAGCGCUGGCUCUCCUCCCUGCAGGUGGGGGGUCCUGAGCUGAGGGGCCCUGGGCCCAAAGGCCCCGACUGACUGAGUUCUGAAGGUUGGAACUGCAGCCACGAUUUUGACCACCUCACAGAUCUGGGACUUCAGGGCUAACCAGUUCUCUUUGUAAGGACUUGUGCCUCUUGGGGGACAUCCUCCUGUCCCCAAGCCUGGGCCUCCGGCAUCCAUGGAGUGUGUGGGGUAGGGGUAGUAUUUGGGAGGUGGGUACUAAGCCUCCCAUCCUUUCCAUGGCCACUGCAGCCCCCUCUGCCUGUCUCUCUGUACUCGUAUGUCUGCCGUGAGAGCCCAAUCACUGCCGUACCCCUCAUUAUGCCACUGUCCCGAGUGCCCAGCCUCCCCCAAUCCCCAGUCAUGGACACUGGUUAAAUGCUGGCUGCACCUACUCUACACUAAGGGUAAAAUCAAGGGAGGGCAAAGUCCAGGUACAAGGGCUGGAAUUCAUUAUCUUGCUAUAAGUCCCACUGACCCAACUGGUAUGAACCAGGGUGGGGUUGGCCAUGACCCUAGAUGUUUUUGCCUUCCUUGUUGACUUGUCUGAUAGGCUUGGUUCCCUUCCUGUGUUGAGCUGGUAGCAGGAGGUAGGAUGUCCUGGUUGCUAGUAAUAAUAACACAAGGAUGGGCAGGUGACUCCCAGGGCAGGGCCACACUCUCUGUCCCUCACUUCCACCCCAGCUUAACUGCCAGCCUCCCAGAGCCCAGCCACCGUUCAACUCCAUGUGCAUGGAAUCAGCCCUCCACACCCUCAAGCAGGGAACAUGCCCCUCGGAAAUGAUUCUUUUCCCCAGUCCCAGUUGAAAGCAAUGCUGUUUGAUCUGCUGGAGCAGCUGGACAUAUACAUAGAUGUUGCCCUUCCCUCCCCCGUCUGCACCCUGUUGCGUUGUAGUUGGAUUUGUCUGUUUGGAUUCACAAGAGUGACUAAGAUAGUGAGUGUAAAAAAAAAAAAAAAAAAAAAAAAAGAAAGAAAAAACCAAAAAAAAAAAAAAAAAAAAACCCGGACGCAUGCAUCUCAAAACGCUUGUAAAGAGGCUUCUAGCCCACCCUCAUGAGGGUCCUGGAUGUCUCUCACCCUCAUACAGGUACUUGGCUCCAAGAGGCAGGUGUAGCUGUACCCUGCAGGGGCCACCUAAGUUUUGAAAGGGUUUCUUCAACAUCUGGGACCCAACAGAGACCAGAUUCUGACACCUGAGGGCUGUCAGCUGUGAAGAAGGCCGGAGGCACAGGGCUAGGACAGAAACAUGGUGCCUCCCUCUGUCUCUCAGGCUUUCUUGUCAGGGCAGGCUGUGGCUGGCCUGGUUUGCAGCAUGGAGGUGGUCCUCUCUGGUGACAGCCUCAGGUGGGGAGAGAGCUGUAGCCCCCAGAAGCUCUACCCUUGGUCUGCGCCGUCAUGAGGGACAAUCUGGGCCUCCGCAUCAGUAGGGACUGAGAUGGAUUGCUGCCAGCCUGGACAGGCUCCAAGGGGUCCUGGGCUAUACUGACAGAGGAAGGGGAACUAGCUAGAAGACACCAUUUCUUCCCAUGCCCCCUGUUGCUGUGGAAAAAAGGAAGCUGCCUUUGUGGAUACUCAGCUGCUUCCAAUUUGGGUACAGAUAAAGGCAAUCCUGGGGCUGGGUGGGCAGGGCUGCCCAUGCAAAUUACCUGGGUCUUUAACUUUCUGCAGUGAGGUUUCCUACUGUCCUGACUCCCAGAUAGAAAGUGUGUUUUAAAGAUAUGUGACCCUUCAUCACUGCCACCGAUUUCAGCUGUUUCUUCUUGCGCCUCUUCUUGUCCUCCUGCUGUUUUUCAUGCCCUGCUCUUCAGCACCGUGGGUCUUACAUGGAGAGCUCUGCAAUCUCCCUCAUGGGAUGGGCUAUUGGGGUCAGCCUAAACAUCAUGGUUUUGAGUGAUCAGUUCAGUGCUGAUAGGUAACUACCUAUCAUUUUAAUGAGGACAAUCCUCCCAGGGCUGGGCACUCCCCUCUCCCUCCAUUUGUCCCACCUCCAUAGCCAAUGUCCCUGGGUGGGCUAGAUAGGAUAUACUAUAUGCCUGGUUCAUUCAAGCUCUCAAUUCACUUUAUCAAUAGUUCCAUUUAAACUGACUUCUGUGGUGAGACUGCAUCCUGUUUAUGAUUGCUUGCUGUGCUAUGGGGGGAGGGGGAGGACCAUGUAAGACAGUUCAUAUGGGCAAAGGGAAGGUUUGGAGUGCGCAAUUAGGUUGCCUUGAAGCCCUUUUCAUAAUUUCAACCACAACUGCUUAGAGGGAGGGGGGUGCCAUGGGCUUGAGGCCAUGGGGCUGUGCUGUUCUGAAAGGGUUUCCCAGUUGCAGAGGCAGCUAGCUAGUUUUCCAACCCCUCCCAGCCAGUUAUGAGGCUUGUGUAGGAACUGGAGAUUGGAGAUCCUGUUGCUCUGGCCUGCUGCUGCUGCACUUUGGUGGAGUUCUGAAUCCACAAUCUUACCUCCCCAAGACCCUGGCAUCCUUUCCUCUAAGCUAUUGGCACCUCAGCGUCACCUCUCCCACUGGGCCUAACUUCUAGCAGCUAUCUCUUCCUUUAUUUCCCUUGUCUUUGUUCCUGAAAUAAAACAAGAGUUGGGGACAGAGGAAAGAGGUGGUUAUCAGCUACAGGUCUGUGGCUUUAUGAGCCUCCCAACUUCUCUCCACCUUUGGAAAGGGUUACCCUGGGCACUGACCCAGAGUAUCACCUCCUAAUGGACUUAGUCCAUGAAUCUGCUGUGCUGGGCAGGAUGAUUUCCGACACUUGCAAGUCCCAUAACUUCUUUGGUAAUUUUGAGGGUGGGGGGAGGGACAUAAAAUCAUUUUAGCUUAGCUUUCUGUCUGUGAAUGUCCAUAUAGUGUAUUGUGUGUUUUAACAAAUGAUUUACACUGACUGUUGAUGUAAAAGUGAAUUUGGAAAUAAAGUUAUUACUCUGAUUAAAUAAGA